CCUGUCUCGUUUGAAUUGUAGCCUAUGUCUAUUUGUUUUAGACUAGAUCUAGAGGCAAUUGUUUCUUUAUGUUGACACAGUGAUGGCUUGUAUUGUGUGACUUGCUUUGUCGUAGGAAGUAAAUGUGUAGUCAACAGCUGACCGAGGAGUGAUGCUUGUUCAGUGUUGAGAAGGCGAUGAUGGAGGGAAAGGGCCCGUACCGAAUUUACGACCCCGGUGGGAGCGAGUGCCAAGUCCGAGAAGAGAGCAACAGCGCGAGCGCCAGCGGCAGCUACAGGCAGCUGCUGGAGGAGAACAGUGUACUACGGGAGCGCAUGAAGGGGCUCAAGAGUCUCGGAGAUCUGCUGGAGGAGUCCCAGAUGGAGGCGUCCAAGCUGAGGAAGAGGGUGGAGGAGCUUGUCAGGGACAACGAGGCUCUCAAGUCCUCCACCCCCAGCUUCGCAUCCAGCCUCUGCAUGGGGACCCCUGUCCAGACAGAGGCCCAGGGCCAUGCCAAGCACCACGCUCAUCUGAGUGCUGAUUGCACAGAAACGCGGGAAUGCAUGACUGCAAAGGCUGUCCAAUCAGACCUCAAUGAAGUGUCUUCAGAGUUUGAGGUUGUGAAUAUGGAAGACCGUGGAGCUGUCACCACAGAAACUCAAGCGGCCCCUGUUGUGGCCGCGUCGGCGUCGGCCUCAGUGCCUCACCUGCCCCAGGAGAACAUGGAGCUGGCCAGCCAGCUGCAGCGUCUGGAGAGUUCCUUCAGUGUGUUCGCCGAGGAGUCCAACCCCAGCCAGCUGCUCGCCCACCUGGGCCGCAUGGCUGUCGAGUUCCACCACCUCUCCUCCAAGGUGCAGAAGAACGAGCAGAGGACCUCACUCCUUCAGACUCUCUGUGAACAACUCCGGCAAGAGAAUAAUGAACUCCGAAAGAAAAUGGAGGAAGAUCUGCAGUACAGGAACCGGGACUUAGAGCAACUACGGCAGGAGAAUCUGAAGCUCAAAGAGCAGAUCGCCGGAGGCGGACCGCCAGCGCCAGCGCACAAACAGGAGGCCAGAGCGUCCGAACCCAAGGAGGAAGCGGCCAAAGAGGAACCGGCUAAAGCCAAGGUGGAGGUGACCAUGACGCAGCAGACUGGGAAAGUGCUUGAGAAAACCCCAGCCAAGACCUGUGACCCAGAGGUGUACGAGAAGAGGAUCAGGCUCCUGGAGAAGCAGAGGAAAGACGUGCUGGAGGUGAAUAAACAAUGGGAUGUGCAGUGGACAGCCAUGAAGACCCAGUUUGAACAGAAGAUCACAGACCUGCGCCAGCGGCUUGCAGACUCCCAGAAGGCCGUGCUGGAGCUAGAGACGGAACGGGAGCAGAGGCAGCGCGACUACGACAAGAAGCUGCUGCUCGCCAAGUCAAAGAUCGAGAAUGUGCAGGGUGAGAAGGAGUGUCUGACGUCGGAGACCUGUGAGCUGAAACAGAAGGUGCGCUACCUGCAGGACCAGCUGCUGCCGCUCACCAAGCAGCGGGAGUACCAGGAGAAAGAGAUCCAGCGCCUGAACCGACAGGCUCUGGAAGAAGCCCUAAACCUGCACUCGCCCUCCACGACGCAGCAGCCAGGCAUCCCCCUGGGUGACGGCGCCAUGAACCUGCGCUACCAGGAUGCGCUCACACAGAUCGCUGUGCUCAAGGAGCAGGUGAAAAUCUUCGAGGAGGACUUCAGGAAGGAGAGGAGUGAUCGGGAGAGGAUGAACGAGGAGAAGGAAGACUUGCGACGCCAAGUGGAAAGACUCCAGGGUCAGAUGACCAAUCUAACCAACCAGCUUCACCAAGCCCAGAAUGAGUGUCAGAGAGAGAGAUCUGAAAGAUGUAAGCUGGAGAGACUGCAGAUGCAUCAUAAGCAGGAUGGGCAGCCAGAGCGACGCACCUCUGACCCUACCACUGGGGCGGCGGCGGCGGCGCCCAACGGACCCAUGAGCCCCCCGUACUGCGGCCCCUUUGUGCAGGUGGGCCACCAGGGCCUGGAGGGCUGGCCAAUCCACUUCCCUCCCCGCAUGCCCAACCUCAGCACCGCACCCGGCCGAGACUUCCAGCCUGUCACCCCAGGCUUCCCCUGGCAGUCCUCCUUCCCCCAGCCCAGAGGCAACCGAGGGCAGGCCGACACCGCGCGCCCUCCUCCCGAGAACACCGAGGCCAGCGCAUCGGGUUACGGAAAAAGGGAUCGCCAGAACAUCGACCCUGGGAAGCACUAAUGGCAGUCAUUCUGUCCCUGGGACGGUGCCCGGCUAGUAGCAGAUGCAGUUUCAUUUCAGUUGGCAUGGUGUGGGUUUCAGAACUAUAGGUUCCUACUGGAUCGAUAUUCUAUUGUAAUGUUGUUUAUACUUCAGUUUUAUAAGCCUAUUUGUGAGACACUGUUUUCCCUAUCAAGAGUAUAUAGACAUAUUAUUUGAUUUUUUUUUUUUUCUUUCCGUUUUGAUUUAUUGAACUUCUAUUAGUUAUACCGUUUUAAAUUAUAUGCGUUAUUAUAUAAUUCUAUGCAGGAACCGAUGGUUUUAAAGGAUCAAAAUAAUUGUACCAUCAUAACUAUUACCAUAGCCAGUGAAUGAGUGCUUCGUAUAAAUGAGAUGUACAUCAUAAAAUUGACAUUAAUGUAAAUUGAGGACUAUUGUUCAUUUUCAGUUGGUAUGUUGUGGUAGUCCGGAAUAGAGUGAAGGGAAAGGUUCUAUCCUUAAUGGCAUAUCUGGUGGCACUGGUGACGUUCUGCUGGAAUGUUAUUAUCUGAUGAUUGGUUGCCAGUUUGUUACCGAUUGUAAUUUUGAUGUUCAUCCACUGAGUUAGUUUCAUUUUAUGUGCUUUAAUUAUUCAGAGAUUUUUGUUUUCUUAUUUGAUCAUAUGGAUGUGAAUUACCAAUGAUUUAUAAUUAUAAUUAUUAUUAUUAUUUAUAAUCUGUUUUUCCAUAGACUAUUGUUUCAUUGUCCUAAGUAAUGAUGUUCUUUGUGUAUCCGUCAGUGUCUCCCCACUCUUGUAUAUUGUAGCUGUUGAAGGAUUGCAGUAAAGUGUAUGCAUACGCGUGCAAUGUGUACACAUGGAGUUAGAAACCGCAAACAUUCUGCGUGAACGCAGUCCCCAUUUCCCCCUCUGCCUUUGAUUUGGAAGCCAUAAAGGGAUUUGAACAGACAGGGGGUGCUGAGGUAGAGGUGGUCGUUUGAAGAGUGUUUCUGCUCUCAUAGGAAUGUGACAUCCUCUAUUAUGUAUUAGAUCAUGUAGACACGUGACACGGGACCUGCUCUGUGUGGCUCUGUCGAUGCUAGAGCUUAACCACUAGCCAACAGUAGCUAGUCUCACUAUUAGGCAUAUCGAUUGUUGCUCUGCAAGCUGUGCAAAACCUGUGGAAAGGCAAGAGUAAAUGUGUUGGUGUAUACAUUGUACCGGUUUUGUUUUCCUCGGCUGAGAGUUUCUUGCUGUGUUACAAAAGACGCUGUGCGGUUUAUAUUAAUGUACAUCCAUCUCCACUUGCAAGUUGCCUUUUGUUGACAUGUCAUAAAGCCUCGCCUGUAAGAACGAGAUCUCUUACCUCAAAACAGCUGAUCAACUAGUCUAUUCAUGGCCUCAUUAUUACCUCUGAGAAAUCUGGCGUUUCAUAGACCCACUGUGCAUGUGUCACAAUGCCCUGGAGCAUUGAAGGUAAACAGGAUCAGUGUAACAUAAUUCCGCUCCUGCAUAUAAAAAUGAUUUGCGUUUUCUGUGAUCUCUGGAAUUGCAGUGCAAUUAGACUUGCUGUCAAUAUGGUAUGACGUGUGUCCUGUAAAUAAAAACGAAAAUGUCUAGAUAGUUACCUUGGGAACGCACGGUACUGAGUUUCAAGUCAACAGUCUUUAUCAAAGUUUAUCAAAUUCCUUCGGAUUUGCAAGUGGAAGGGUUGUCAGUUGAAAUGCACUUUGAAAUGUCUGCUUUCUUUACUGGUUUAGCUGUGAUUUUGACUGGAUUGUAGUUUUGUGCUUUUUGGAGUGAACCUUUUUCCCCCAGUAGGCGAAAGCACAUCUUACGUAUGUGAAACCCCUUUUGUAUUUGACUAGCAUAAUAAAUAUAUUCUAAAUGUC